AAAUCAAGGUUCAUUUCAACAAACUGAAAUAGAAAAAAACACCACCCACACUCUCUCUCUAGGGUUUUAGCAUUUUGAAACUGAAAAAACACAUUUUUCUCAUCGCGAUCAUGGCACCAGCUAGGGUUUUCGGAGCAUUCGCCGGCAGAAUGUUAAUGGCGGCGGCGAAAGGAGCGACGAAGAAGGCGGCUACAUCCGCCGGAGCUGCAUCCACAACCGUCGUGAAGAAAACCGCGGUGAAGAAAACGGUUACGAGCAAGAGUACCGGAGGGAUACAGAAGGUAGUUCAGGUCACUUCUGAGCUCGGUAAUUUCAUCGGUGCGCCUGAAGUUUCGCGGACUGAAGCUGUUAAGAAAGUUUGGGAGUAUAUCAAGCUGCAGAAUCUUCAGAAUCCUAAUAACAAGAAGGAGAUCUUUUGUGAUGACAAACUGAAGACCAUUUUCGAUGGGAAAGAUAAAGUGGUCUUCACCGAGAUUGCCAAAUUGCUAGCUACCCAUUUCGUGAAAUCAACCUGAAAUUCAGCUCUGGUGGAUUCCUAACGUUGGUAACAUGCUUUAGUACAUUAAGUAGGUCGUUUUAUUGUCAACUACAUAUUUUGUGACCAACCGUUGAAGAAACAUCGAAAUUUGUAAUAUCAAACUUUAACUUGGGUUUGAAGGUGGUGUUAUUUUGUUCCACUGUCUUGAUUUCACAUUGUUAUAUAUCUCCCUGUUGUGUCCUCUA